UUGAGCAGACCACUACAACACUGUUAUUUUCUUUCCUAACCCUUGAGUUCCCCAGCUAUAAUGGUCGGUAGAGACUCCCGAUCACCGCCGCACAACCGUAACCGCCGAUCACCACGAAGAUCCAGGUCACCGAGAUCACCUCACAGUGACCACUGGGAUCGGUCAACAUCUCACAGGUCCCCGUCACGGAGACCAGACUCCAAAACCUACAGGAGGUCACAUUCUCAAGAAUACAAAAACCAAAGAUCAGAUUCUCAAGAAUACAGAAACCAAAGAUCGCAUUCUCAAAAUUACAAAAACCAAAGGCAUGACUCCCCAACGCUGGGUUAUAGCAGCACCAAUAACAAGUCCCGCUCACCUUCUCGACGGAAUGGAUCACCCCACUAUAACCCUAGGAGGUCCCCUAGAAGAUCACCUAGAAGAUCACCUAGAAGAUCCCCUAGAAGAUCACCUAGAAGAUCCCCUAGAAGAUCCCGAUCUCCAGACAGGAGAGACUAUCAUGGCCGCUCUUCUGACAACUAUCAUGGCCCGUCUAGAUCACGCUCACCCUCACAGAGGAGCGACAAUUCAGAGUUCUACAACAGGAACCAUCCAGCCUUUUCUGAAGGUCAAGAGAACUCUUCUAACACCCGAAACACGUCGGCUGGGGACACGACCCGACCAGACACUAACUUCAGGGACCAACCCCAGAGUUUCUCAGAGCACCGUGCUGGGAGGGAUAGGGACCAACCCCAGAGUUUCUCAGAGCACCGUGCUGGGAGGGAUAGGGACCAACCCCAGAGUUUCUCAGAGCAGCGUGUAGGGAGAGAUAGGGACCAACCCCAGAGUUUCUCAGAGCAGCGUGUAGGGAGAGAUAACCCCAGUGAAGCUAGCGGAUUAGCCAACAAUUUCCAGAAUGAUGGCUCCUUCAUGGAGAUGUUCAAGAGAAAAAUGGACGAGAAGAAGAAAGAAGAGGAGGCUACACAGCAAACGUCCGAACAAAAGACGGUGAAGAAGUCCUUACUAUUCCGGAGAAUUCCUCAGAAGAAGGCCAAGCCACUGGUUACGGGCGUUAAAAAGGCACAGAAGAAGCCGGAGGCAGCUAGUAACAGCGCGUGGGAGGCGUACAUGAGAGAAGUGGAAGCGUACAAGACGAACAGCUGUGCUGAUGAUGACAGGUUCAGCAGACCCCUCUGCAAGUGAU